AUGACCAUCGAGUCCAUUAAGAAGGCCAUCAAGGAGAAGUCGGCUUUCCUGAAGGUGGCUCACACCAGGCUAGAUGAGCGUACCAGGAGGCCCAACAUAGAGUUGUGCCGAGACAUGGCUCAGUUACGGCCGCGACGCAAACAGGGCGUCGCUCGGGUUAAAGGGGAACGCGGGGAGCCUCCCACUGCCCCCUCGCCUGGAGCGCGCGCGCAGCCCCGCCGCACCGCCGUCUUCGGGGACUCCGGACCCUUAGCGGACGCACCUCUGAGUGUGUGCCCGAGGCCACACUCCGAUCGGUGUGGGGGGGACAUCUGUUCCUUUGGGGCUCAAUGGCUUGUGGGCAACGGACAUGCCACGGAUCUCUGGCAGAACUGUAGCACAUCUUCCUCCGGGACCGUCCAGCACUGCUUUUCGUCAUCAGCAAGCGGAUGGCUGCAGUCUGUCCAAGCCACCAUGGUCCUGUCUAUCAUCUACAGCGUCAUAUCCCUGUUCGUCUUCUUCUGCCAGCUCUUCACCCUCGCCAAAGGAGGCCGCUUUUACAUCACUGGAUUCUUCCAAAUCCUUGCCGGUCUAUGUGUGAUGAGCGCGGCCUCCAUCUACACAGUGAGACACUCCGAAUGGCACCUCAACACUGACUACUCCUACGGCUUUGCCUACAUCCUGGCCUGGGUGGCCUUCCCGCUGGCCCUGCUCAGUGGGGUUAUCUACGUGAUCUUGCGGAAACGUGAAUGAGGUGCCUCCAUGGAGGGACCCCGGGGGGUCCUUGGGAGGCUCUGAGCAUGAGCAGGGAGAGAGGGAAGGAGGGAAAUCAGGAAAUGACAACCAACCACCAAAAUCCGAGCUAGCCCCAAACCCCGACUUAAAGCCAAACCAAACCUAAAACAGUUGAGAAGGUAAGGGGGGAGGGGAGGGCAUUGCUGUCGAUUGAAGAUGUAUAUAAUAUCUACGGUUUAUAAAACCUAUUUAUAACACUUUUUACAUAUAUGUACAUAGUAUUGUUUGCUUUGUGUGUUGACCAUCAGCCUUCGUGUUGAACCCUAAAGAUGUAGCUAAGGAACUUUUACAUCCUAACAGUGUAAUCAAGCUCAGUAUUGUUUUCGUUUUUUUUUUUUCAGUCUCUUAUUUUUGCCCAGAAAUAAACUUACCCCCUCCCCUGGCUUUCAUCUAAAAGAAAAUACCUCCCUCCCACUCCACCCUAUUAGUCAACCAAAGUAUGAGGGACUCACCCCCAGUGGCCUUCCAAAGUGUGGGUGGAUGGGAGGGAGCAAGGCCCGGGGCACAGGGUAUUCAUGAUCUAAAUCUCAUUGUGGAGCCCUCAGCACCCAACCAAAUGCUCAAGACUGGAGCCCUCGGCAGAAACACAGCUUGUGGCUUUGGAAUAUUUGCCCUUCCAGGCGGAAUAGCUCGGUCACACAUCUGAAAUGAGAAGUCGUGGGUGACAAGAAAUCUGUGAAAUGGUGCUAUGGAUUUACCAUUCCUUAUUCUCACUAAUCCUCUAAACGACUCACUGGAAAUUCAAUUAACCAUCUUACCACAGAAAAGCAGAAUGGGGACGUGCAGAAUUCUGCAUUGUGUAAAUGACUCAUAACUGCUUUUGUACCCAGCUAGGCUGCUUCUGUUACUAUCAUGAGUACAUCUUAAAGCCUCGAUCACUUCCAUAUGUUGCUUAGCGGUCAGAGCAUCAGGACAAGUGUCUAGACCCUUGGGACCCUUGAGCUCCCAGGCGUGGCUGGGUCUAGAAUGUUCUGUAGCUUCAAGGACUGUCUGGCGAUGAUUUCUAUUGGCCACCAACUGUAGAUGUAUAUACGGUGCCUUGUGAUGCUAAGACUCCAGACCUUUAUAUGCUGUUGCUUUUGCUUUUUCUGAUUUUAUACCAACUGUGUGGACUAAGAUGCAUGGAAAUAAACAUCAGAGUAACUCACG